AUGAUGAAGGAAUUUGUGAAGCCUCACAGGAUGAUUGUGAUAAUGAUAUAUUACUUGAUGCUGAAGCAUCAAGUAAUAUGUCAUUCAAUGUUUUAUCAUCGAGUAACAUGUUAUUUGACAUUUCAGCCUUGAGUGACAU